AGCGUGAUGUACAGACGGAGGCUUUUAUUCUGAGGUCGACGAUGCUGAAACUGCGCUUUAAUUUCAUGUUUUCAGCACAAACGGCUCAAUGAGCCGUUAAUGGGUGGUGCCGGAGUGCUGCUGAGCAAGCUCAAGUAUAUUCCUGGUUCUGCUGCUGGAAGAGGAAAUAAAACAACCUACCGCAGAAGGACAGACUGCAUGAAGACGCUAAGAUUUAACCAGAAAACCAGAACCCGUCUUCAUCACAGCAUCUGAGAGGAAAUUGUAAUGUAAAGCGAUGCUAACUCAGCCACCAUGGCCAGUAUCACGCUGCGGUACUUCUGCUAUGGUUGCCUUGUCACCUCGGCAACCUGGUCCUUCCUCCUCUUCCUCUACUUCUCCCUGGGGGCGGAGCCUGGCCAUGGCAGGAUGCCCCAGUCUCUGCACAGCCUGCCAAUCACCAAAGGCACCCCUGAGCAGCGGGUGGGGCUACAGUCUCAGCCAGGCCACAAGGGGGCAGAGCUCUCACCAGAGAUGGGUAUGAUUUAUAAUGAGGCAGACCAGGCGGUCAGGGACACAGGUUAUCACAGACACGCCUUCAACGUGCUCAUAUCAUCCAGACUGGGCUUCCACCGAGAUCUGCCCGACACCAGACACGUCCAGUAAGUAAGCCUCAUCGCCGUCUACCCAGG